UCAGGUGUGAAACGCUCACGCGCACAGCCACACAUACAGAGACGGCGCACGUUUCCCUCGCAGAUCUCGCGAUUCGUAGAGCCAUAGGCGUCGUUGGACCAAAAAAACUCUUGUUCGUCGUGUUAAGGGUGGGAGGGGAGAUCGUGUAAGAAUAUCAAACGCAUUGACGUCUUACGCAGCACGGAAGGUAAUUAUUUCGGACGUACUUUGCCGCACGUCUGACCUCGAAAUUAGAAAUUUCGCACGGUUUGGACUGGCGUAGCUCGAAUUUACGUGCGCGACAGAGACAGUAUUGGAGUAAGAUAGCGCGAGACAGCGCGUGUGCGUGCAUACAAGAGAGAGGAAGAUAGAAAGAGAAAGAUAAAGAGAUGCACAGACGGAACAGAUAUUCGCGUGCAAUUCUGCCCCGAUUUGUCACAGGUAUCGGAGAAAGGAUCGGAAGGAGCUCAAUACCACGAGAAUCAUAUCGGAAUACGAAGGGGACCUCGAACGCGCGACACGUGCGACUUCGAAUUAGAAAAAGUAAACACGCGUUCGGCCAGGUGGCGCGGAAUGUCGUUGCUAUAUCGAUGUGCGGACUCCACGCGCGCAGGAUUCAAGCAGAAAAGCAAGUAAAACCUUGGCAAACGAUGCUCGCCGAAAAGAAGCAAACGACGCAUCGGUGCAUUGGCAUUCGUUUUUAAGACCUACGUUUUAGCAAAUCCCGAGGAAAGGUGAAACGCGCGAAGAAAUAAACUUUCAUAAAGGCACGGUGAAUACACCUAAAGGAAACUAUAAAAAUGAACGAAAAAAUAGAAAAGGGCAAACAAAGGGGAAGCAGGAAAGAGAAGAUAAAGGUGUGUAAACGAUGAGGAAAGGGAGGAAGGUGGAAGCACGUCUAGCGAUUCGCGACAGAAAACGAACUUUGGGGUUUCGUAGCGCUCUCGCUGCUUGUUGCUGCUGGCGUGAUUCAAAUUUAAAGCGAUGUUUACCCUCCGAUCUAUGCGCAGCACACCCCACAACGCAACUAAUGCGAGCUACAUGGUUGCGUGCAUGGAUUUCGAGAUUCUCUAUGACUUUAUUCUAUAUAUGCUUCUUAGAUAAUAAUUGAGAAGCUGGAACGAUAGAUGGUGUAAAUAUUAAGAAGAUCAAGUCGAUUCUUUUAAAUUCGAUUCUUAAGAAUAUGGUAACACCGUCAUCAAAUGUAAAGUAAAAUAAAAUUUAAUAUAAGCUACAUUAGUCGAAUGGUGUAACGCGUAAUAUUGAAAUUAGAAAUUUGAUAAUUAUAAAUGUAACUAUGAAAUCUUUGUGAAACAAUAUGUUUCAAUUUGCUUUGAUACGUCACACACGAAAAUCUUAUUUUCUCAUCUUGCAGUGGAAACCUACGAACGACAGAUCGAAAUACGUAGAACUACCAAACUUUUAAAACGACAAGCUUCGAUAUUCCCUUCCCUGCAAUGAAUAACGAUACGUAAAUGCUUUUGAUAAAACCAAUGUUACCUUUUAUCCUAAUCAAAAUAUGAUUACCUAUUUCUAUUUCGUUUCCAUUACACCGUUUUAAUCGUAGUUGCUCGUACGAUACUUAAAUCCAAACCUAUUGGUUAAACGCUGAUCUCGAUAUACAAUUUUUACCUAUUACGAUCAAUGCGCAUUAGGAAAACGAAACGUUCGCUCCUAUAAGAUUCUACUUUCGAAGAAAACCAACU